CGGCUCUCACAUUGCACGUGACCCGGACCAACCACACCAUGUGAUCAACCGCCGGCACAGUCUAUCAGCACAAGCCCACCACGCCGGCGCACCCGCGCCACCGCGUCGCGAGAAGAAAAGAGAAACCCCGCUCGCUCUUCGGGCGAGCGUUUUUCCCCGCAUGCAUCACCAGCUCAAACCGCCCGAGGCCGCCACGCUCCCGCGCCACCUCCUCGAAGCCCACGUCGUGUCGCUGGUCCGCCAAUGCCGCAGCCUCCGCGCGCUCCGCGGCGCCCACGCGCGCCUUCUCAGGCUCCGCCUCCCGCGCCUCACCUACGCAUUCGCGCUCUCCAAGCUGCUCGCCUCCUGCGCCGCCUCCGCCCCGACCGCCGCGGCGGCCUCGUACGCGCGCAGCCUGUUCGACCAAAUCCCCGAGCCGACCGCCUUCUGCUACAACUCCCUCAUCCGUGCGCUCGCCACCCCCAGCAACCCCACCACGGACGCCUUCCUGCUCUACCGCCGCAUGCUGCGCGCGGGCUCCCCGUCCCCCAACAGCUUCACCGUCGCGUUCGCGCUCAAGGCGUGCGCCGCCGUGCCGGCUCUCGGCAAGGGCCGCCAGCUGCACUCGCAGGCCUUCCGCCAGGGGCUGGAACCGAGCCCCUACGUGCAGACCGGACUGCUUAACCUCUAUGCCAGGUGUGAGGAGGUUGCGCUGGCCAGGAGCGUGUUUGAUGGCAUGGCCGAGGACAAGAAUCUGGUCGCGUGGAGCUCCAUGAUCGGCGGGUACUCCAGAGCGGGGAUGGUUAACGAAGCGCUGGACCUGUUUCGGGACAUGCAGGCUGCUGGGGUGAGCCCGGAUGAGGUCACAAUGGUUAGCGUAAUCUCGGCUUGCGCCAAGGCGGGCGCUCUUGAUUUGGGCAGGUGGGUGCAUGCUUUUAUAGAUAGGAAGGGGAUCAUGGUCGAUCUUGAGCUGAGCACCGCGUUGAUUGACAUGUAUGCAAAGUGCGGUUUGAUAGAGCGGGCAAGGUUGGUAUUUGAUGCGAUGGUGGAGAGGGAUACCAAGGCAUGGAGUGCAAUGAUAGUUGGACUGGCGAUGCAUGGGCUUGCAGAGGAUGCGUUGGGCCUUUUCUCAAGAAUGCUCCAGCUUAAGAUUAGACCCAAUAACGUCACCUUUAUAGGUGUGUUGUCAGCCUGUGCUCACAAUGGGUUAGUUGAUGAUGGGCGGCGAUAUUGGUCUACUAUGCAAGAAAUGGGAAUUAAAGCUUCAAUGGAGAACUAUGGUUGCAUGGUUGACCUUCUCUGCCGUUCUGGCCUUUUGGAUGAAGCUUAUUCAUUUGUUACAAGCAUGCCCAUCUUACCAAAUUCAGUAAUUUGGAGGAAUCUUCUUGUGGCGAGUAAAAGCUCGAACAGAACUGAUAUAGUAGGAUUGGCUUCUAAAAAGCUCUUUGAGUUGGAACCUCAGAAUCCAGAGAACUAUGUUCUCCUCUCCAAUUUGUAUGCGUUGAACUCCCAGUGGGACAGAGUGAGGUAUAUGAGGAAAAAGAUGAAGGACAACAAUGUUACUGUCGUUGCUGGCUGUAGUUCAAUUGAAAUAAAUGGCUAUCUGCACAAAUUUGUGGUGAGUGAUGGUUCACACCCUGAAAUCAAGGAGAUAAGAGUGGUAUUGAGGGAAAUAGCUGACCGGGUUCUACGAUCUGGCCAUAAGCCUUGGACUGCGGCCGUUCUACAUGAUGUUGGUGAAGAGGAAAAAGAAAUUGCACUUUGUGAGCAUAGUGAAAGGUUAGCCAUCGCAUAUGGGUUGCUGAAGACAAAAGCACCUCAUGUCAUUCGGGUGGUAAAGAACUUGAGAUUUUGUCCGGAUUGCCAUGAAGUGGCAAAAAUAAUAAGUAAAUCAUAUGGCCGAGAAAUCAUUGUCAGGGACCGUGUUCGUUUCCAUAGAUUUAUUGGAGGAAGUUGUUCUUGCAACGACUUUUGGUGAUUGCGUAACGCAUUGAAUCACUUAUAUCUGAUUAUCCAAAGCCCGGGAGAUGUGAUGCCUUAAAAGGAAAAUUGUUCGAGAAUUGAUGAAAGGGACUUGUGCAGAUCAUGGGGGUUCCAAUGUUACUGAAAUAAAUUUUACAUCAUCGAGGCAAAAUCUCAAGUUCUUUCACUAUGCUCACCAUCUCCUCUUCACCAACAUCAGGCUUGCGGCCAGACCGUAGCACCCGAUCAGCUCCCUCAGCACCAAUCUUAUCUCCUUGGUUUCAGGGUGUGAACCAUCACUCAUUACAUAUAUCUGAUCAUACAAGGCCCUGGAGAUGUGAUGCCUUGAAAGGAAAAUUAUUCCAUGAGUGAUGGAAGGGACUUGUGCAGAUUACGGGGGUUCCAUUAUUACUGAACAUUUUUUACAUUCGUCGAGGGGCACCGUGAUGCUCAGUCCCACACCCUCCACAUGGUGUGCUUCCAGCCCCAGCAGGCAACAGGGUCCCAAAGGUCCAACACUGUGCAAGAGCGGGCUUGUUCAGGCUACCCCAGGUCGGCAUACUGAAACAUGUCGUGUUUGCCAGGCAAAGGUGGCUGAGGAACAUGUCGUGGUCUGUCGUGUUUGCCAGGCAAAGGUGGCGGAGGAACAUGUCGUGGUCCAAAGCUCUCGUGCCGGCGGUUGACCGGAAGUGGAAGCAACGAUCGUAGGUUCGUAACCUUAUUACUUGGCUUUGACGGCACGAUUGAGCUCUUCGUGUCGAUGGAGACAGUCAGAGAUGGCAGCUUGGCGCAGCAAGAGCAGACGAGAACCGCAGCUAAGAUUACUGAAAUGUUGUGUAUUUCAUUUUACACUGGGGAAGUGGUUACAUCCACAGAUACAUUGUUA